AGAUGGAUGGACAGAGAAAGCAACAGAGCAAAAAGAAACAACACAUGCUUCAUAAAGCAAUGAAAAAAAACAAGACCAAAGAAAUCAAUGAUGAAAAUACAAAUAUAAUGAUGUGGUUUGUGGCUGAGGUAACAGACAUCAUAUACCCAACAAUAAUACAAUAUGAAGAGAGAAAAAUAGCUGAGAGAGACGUGAGAGAUGAGGAGGCCAAUGCCAAAAAGUUUGUUUUCACAGACAAAAAGAGAACACCCAGCAGAUCGCCAGGAUGUGAGAAGAGGGGGAGUAGAGGGCAACUAACCCCACUGUUUUCUCAACAGUCACCUGGCCUGUCUCCAACAAGCAGCAGGCCACUGUCUCUGGGCGGAGAGUUUUGGGAAGAAAGUCUUUCAGAGGCUGAACCAACAGUGGUAGCUCCUCAUCAGGCUGACAGUAUUUCUAGUUUGUGCAGGGAGACCAUGUGCAUGGGAGGUUUGCUUGAGCAUCCCACGCAGGCUAUCAAAGCAGAGAAAUUUCCUCAUAGCCAAACUUACUUUAAAUAUGAAUCAACAAGAAAAGAUGGCAAAUUACAAAACCAUCUUAUUAGGGAAGAUAUUUCUUCUGACUUCAAACAAUAUCACCCUAAAACAGGCUUGGUCAGAAAAUUCUUUUCACUGAUCAGUGUCCAGGGAAGAGGUUCUGAGGAACAAGUACAAAGGGAAGGGCAAAUGCCAAGGCAGCUUCAAGUCCCUGAGCUUUUACAGCCCACAUCAGGGGGCAUCAGGAAGCUGAGUUACUGCACAGGAGCUCCGGGGCUCAAACCCUCUACGUCCCCCCUGGACAUACCAACCAAGCCAAGGACAGUCUGCUUCAGAGUAACUCUACCCCAGACUGGCAGGCAGCUUGCAAGAAAGCCCUUCUUCUCAUCACCCAGAAAGAUAUUUCCCGAAGAGGAAGUACCACAUAAGGCAGUGCAGGGAGCUCGCAGCAAGCCCCUGCCAACAUAUGCAAUUGAGCCUGAGCCCUUGCAGUCACUGACCAAUAUUUAUUCUUAUGGUUUUUUGAAAGAAAUUUGUGAUGAACUAAUGAGAAAAUUUGUCCCUUCACAAAACCUAUGUGCUCAGGACACAUAUCAGCACAGAUGUAGUUGA